ACGUGUUUAUUUUUUCUUAAUCCAAUUGGGAUCAACCUGCUUCGGAGUACGACUCAUUAUAUCGCUCGAAAGUUUUGGAGUAACUACACGCUGCAGUACUUUCCGUUAGUAGUUCUAUAUUCUUUAUACAUCACGAGAAACAAUGAAGACUGAAACCUGCUGUCUGCUGACUGUGGUGGGAACAAUAUUGUUGCUUGCCGGUUUCGCAGCAGCUCAACAUCCUGCAGCCCGUCCAAUCGACAGCAAAGAAGUUAAAUGCCUUGUUUGCAAAGCAACGAUGAACGAAAUGGAACUGGCCGUGUCCAAGGUAGAUCCGAAGAAGAAAAUCGACGUCGGUGAUUAUCGUCUGGAUGCCACGGGUGAUUCUAAAAAGAAGAAGACCAUCCUGUACGCCAAAUCGGAAAUGUACCUCACCGAACUGAUGGAAUCGGUUUGCGAUCGCAUGGACGAUUACGCCAAAGCGCGCUACAAGAAAAACGGCCGACCGGUCGUGCUGAAAAUGAUGACCGAGUUCGGCAUGAAUCCCGAAAUGUCGGACGUCGAUUUUGUGCAGGAAGGUGAUCUGAACAAAACUUUGAAACAUCUGUGCUUGGAGAUCGUGGAAGACCACGAGGAGAGCAUCCUGAAAAUGUUCCAACAGGAGGAGGAGGUAAAGGAUACGGACGUCAGGCUUUGCUCGGAGGUUGCAAACAUUUGCAACGAGCAACCCAUCGAGGAUGACUACGAGUACGAGGGAGCGGACGAACGGGAUGAGCUGUAAACCACGGCCAGUGAAGAACAAUGCCAGCGUAAGGGUAGACGUACUACAGAAGAUCAAGAAUUUAUUAUUAUACACGGUUACUUAAGUAGGUAACACAUUUUACUAUUGCUUUGUUGAGGAAUAUUGCAUUUGUUAUAAAAUGGAAAGAAUAAAACCGUUUUGAAUAGGAACAAUGCACAAUUAUUUAUAAAGUCUGACACGUG